AUAGAACACAAGCUGCUUUUGGAAACAUUUCAGUCAGUGACUUGAAGACAGGAUUUAUCUGGGAACACUUGGAGGGUAUGGUUGUUACCGAGAGAGAUGACACGGAGUCUGCUGCCACCGGUGACAUGUCGGCCUACCAGCUCCAGACUCCCACCUCCAGUCUGCCCCAGGGCGUGGUGAUGGCGGGCUCCCCCGGCCCCACACGCAACCCUCAUCAGCUGGUCGAGGACGCCACGCGCAAGAGGGAGGUCCGUCUCAUGAAGAACCGGGAGGCUGCUCGCGAGUGUCGCCGGAAGAAGAAAGAAUAUGUCAAAUGUCUCGAAAACCGAGUGGCAGUCCUUGAAAACCAAAACAAGACUCUUAUUGAAGAACUUAAGGCUCUAAAAGACAUGUAUCACAAAUCACACUGAGGACAAUGUGAUUAUAGACUAAUGUGGGCUUUGGAGUAUGUUUGGUUUACAUAAUGGUCUGAGACCAACCACUUGAUAUCCAGCAUUGUUGUCCAGGAUUCAUACACACACAAACACAUUUUUACUGUGUCUUUUUACACAGUAGCCUAUAUAAAUUGUAUCCAGGUGUUACUGGAUGAUAUUAUAAUAAUGUACACCAUAUCUGUUUUUUUUUUAUAUGAUCCACAAUCAUAUGCCUUCUGGUCAGGUUAGUGAGUAUUAUGGGGUGUCUUUGUUGCAUGUGCUCUUAUCAGAGAGGCUGCCAAAGAGUGUCGUCGGAGGAAGAGGGAGUACGUCCGUUGCCUGGAGACGCGUCUCACCAUGCUUGAAGCAGCCAAUAAAAAGCUGAUGGAUGAUCUUCAGUACUUCCACGAAGUAUACGGCUCUAAGACAGGUUAGGAGAGCAGGAAAACAGAUGUUAUCUUUUCACACACGUUACUGAACAUUGCUUACAUCAAUGCCUUUGAAAACCUGCCUGUUAAUAACAUUCCUCUGCAAUCGGUUUAGAUUUUCAUGGAUUGAAACACAGCUUCAAGCUUUUUGAAAUGUCAAGUAUUUGUCCCCAAAAUACUAAAUUGUCGGCACGAUUCGGGUUAGAUGACCCAUCAGGGAAAUGACCUCCUGUGGGGGGUUACGUUACAAUCAGAAGCUGAAGUCCUGACACAAAUGUUUGGUUUAGAUAACUGUGAUAACUUAUAAUACUGAGGCCUCAGCCUACCUUACCUUCACUGUCAUUAAACAGAGACACCUACUGUACCAGCACAAAGCCUAAUGGCGUUCUUACGAGUCAUUUAAUAUUUUUAAAGAUUUUAGUUUUAUUUAUUGGAUAUUUAUUAGGUUGUUGUCAGUCAUUGUUAUGUACUGUAGCUUUGACUUUGUAUUUACAUUGUGUGCCUUUCUUUGUUUUUUAUCUUCCAAUGAGCCUUGUUGUUGUCUGAAUGUGAAUGAAUGUACUGUUUUUCUAUGAAACUAAGCACAACUUGAAAAUGCUAAGAACACAGAGUUCCUUCACUCAGUGGUUAAUAUGUUUGUUUUGUUAGAUUCAGAUUAAAUUAUACUCUUGUUUCUAUUCAUAUGAA